CCCGGGAGGGAGGUAGGUAGGUUAGGGACGCAGAGAGGGAAUGCGCUAGCAGGGGAGGCGCGCGGGGCCCUGAGUCUAGCAGAGGCUGGGGCCGCGGCGGGGUAGGAAGGCGGAUCGCUGGUGCUCGCCGAGAGCUGGGCAAACCUAUGAGGGGAUCGCGUCCGGUGGUUGCCACCCUCGGCUCAGAGCCCGGGACGUCCGGAGAGCGGCGAGGAGCCCAGGCUCCGGCCAGGAGAGAUCCGUCUGGGUAGCUGGGCACCUAGGCUCCGGGCCAUCCUUGAGAAAGAAGCUGCCCAGGGAGCAAGCAUCCUAGAUCCGUAAGAAAUCCUCCGCCCAAGGAGCCGCAGAUGUCAGACGCCCGGGGACGUUAGGCUGAACAGGAGGGUGACAGCGGACCACGGGCUCCCAACCGUCGGGAGCUGGCCCGGCCCAGCCCAGGCGGGACUCCGCCUUGACGGAAGGUUUGGGGAACCGCACUGCUGAGGCGAGAGCCUGCAGGGGACUGGGGGGCCAGGCGCGGCCGUCGGGGUGGUCCCGACCCAGGCGCAAGCCCGGCCUCCGCCUCCGGGGCCCACGGAGAGCCCCGUGCCUCCGCCGCCAUUGCGCCCAAGAGUGAGGAGGAUCUGCUGGCCCUGGCCGCGUCGCGUCUGAGCCGCCGCAAGCGGGUGGCGGGGGCGGCCGUCGGGGUGGCCAUGGUGCUGCUGCUGCUGGUGGCUAUUCCGCUGCUGGUGCACAGCUCCCGCGGGCCGGCGCACUACGAGAUGCUGGGGCGAUGUCGCAUGGUGUGCGACCCGCAUGGGCCUCGAGGCCCAGGACCCGACGGCGCGCCUGCCUCCGUGCCCCCCUUUCCUCCGGGCUCCAAGGGAGAGGUGGGCCGGCGCGGGAAGGCAGGUCUUCGAGGGCCCCCGGGACCGCCAGGUCCCAGAGGGCCUCCAGGAGAGCCGGGAAGGCCGGGUCCUCCCGGCCCUCCCGGCCCAGGCCCCGGCGGCGUGGCGCCCCCUGCCGGCUACGUGCCUCGAAUUGCCUUCUACGCUGGCCUGCGGCGGCCACACGAGGGUUACGAGGUGCUGCGCUUCGACGACGUGGUGACUAACGUGGGCAACGCUUACGAAGCGGCCAGCGGCAAGUUCACCUGCCCCAUGCCGGGUGUCUACUUUUUCGCUUACCAUGUGCUCAUGCGCGGCGGAGACGGCACCAGUAUGUGGGCUGACCUGAUGAAGAAUGGACAGGUCCGUGCCAGCGCCAUCGCCCAGGAUGCAGACCAGAACUACGACUACGCCAGCAACAGCGUCAUCCUGCACCUGGAUGUGGGCGAUGAAGUCUUCAUCAAGCUGGACGGCGGGAAGGUGCACGGCGGGAACACCAACAAGUACAGCACUUUCUCUGGCUUCAUCAUCUACCCAGACUGAGCCGGGCCCCAAUCCAAACGUCCCUCGCUUGCCCUUCAUCUCCGCUCAGCUCGUCAUCCACUUUCAGUCGGCCCCACCCCAGGCGCCAUCCCAUCCUUUGAGAGCCGGGCAGUGGGGUGGACCCGCCUGCUCCCGAAGGCGGCCUCAGUGGGCGGACUCAGUGCUUGGGGGUAUUAGUGGCCGGGGCACAGAGGCCACGCUAG